AUGUUGUCAGUGUUUGUAAUUUUGGUUUUAAUAUCUGGAACUCGUGCAGACUACGACUUUCGUGGAAGAGAUUAUGUUCGGCAAAAGUCUGAGCGACUUGUUUUUGGGGUGGCUAUGGUUCGAGACUUCAGCACAAUGCCCCGUGUCUUGGACGAUGCCCUUUCGGCCGGGUAUCGCACCUUUGACACAGCCCAACUAUAUGGGAACGAAGCAGCCACCGGUAACGCUCUCAAUCAGCUCCUUCACAAACACGGAUUGACAAGGGAAUCAUCAAGGAGCACGGGCAGAACAAUCGAUUAUAGAAUUGAGAGGAAGAAGACAUGGCAAGCGAUGGAGAAGUAUUACAAACUCGGCAAAAUCAAAGCGAUCGGAGUCUCGAAUUAUCUCAUAAAUCAUUUGGAGGAUCUCUUGAGCUAUGCAACGAUUUUCCCCGCUGUUAAUCAAGCCGAAUACAGUCUCAGCUAUCAAAUGAAUGAUUUGGUGGAUUAUUGUGCAAGGAAGGGGAUUGUUUUCCAAUCCUUCAGUUGUCAACUUGUUGCCACACGAAACAAGGUGCUUAAUGUGGAUCGAAGGUUGACCACAAUUGCCAGAAAAUACAGCAUCACACCGAAAAUGCUUGAAUAUGCGUUUUCGUUGAAUCGAGAUAUAAGUGUUGUCAUGGGAUCGAAAACCGCUUCUCAUAUGAGAGAGAAUCGAGCUUUGUUGAAAAUCAAAUUGAGCCAAGAAGAUCUCUCUGCUUUGCAACUGCCAAACGGUGUUACUGGUCAAAGAUCGACUGCUUGUCGAAUGGACCCAAGAUUGAUUCGGUUU